GUAGGGAGACGCGGAAAACUGCAUUGCAAAGGGAGAAACGGGAGCUGCAGACUGGGCAACAGGGAACGGAUCUGGCUUCGUGUUAAAUCGUCCGAAGACGAACUUAUCAGCUCGUCAUACCGCUUCACUUCACAUGCAGCUGCCGAUGAGAGGGCUGCGAACAUUGAUGCCCAUGCACAGCACUUGGUCCGACUGCACUGAGAGUUUGAACAAAAGGACAGUCUCAAAUACAAAGCAAAGGAUUUAAUUACAGUGUUGUAAGAUCUACUCACAAGUUGAUUACUCUGUGCUUAGGAUUCCCCCUCUCUUCCCCCUUCGCUGACCUGGUGUGACUCACUGUGCUGCUGUGGAAACAAUUUCCUUCCUAAUGGAACAAUAAAGCUUCUCAGGCUGCAAAGAACAUUGAAACUGUCCUAAAUGCAUAAACCAAGUUGUCUAUAAAGCAUAACAACCAAGUGGACGAAAAGCCUGUAUAAUGAAACAUUGUCAUAGCAACCAUCAUUACCCUGCAGAAAGGGGAGGAAACUAAAUUAAUGAGCUGCAUUAAAUAAUGUCUAAUAACACAGACCUCUGCUAACAGGAGUAACUACUACACAAGGGAUAUGUCAACAUUUCAUGAGUUGGCUCUUUUCUCUUUGUUGCAGUUAUCAAAGACUAUGGCUCCCUGUAGACUACAUAACAUCCUUAGUUAAACACCUUAUACGAGUUCAGCUGUAUAGGGGAGAACACUUGAAAAAGUAUGUCGAACCCUAAAGCCAGUGAAAUUCUUAACUUGACAUUUUUGGCGGAGUCAGAGAAGCAAGUAAUAUUGGACGUUUUACAGAGAGAUGAAGAGCUGAAGAAAAAAGAAGAAAGACGAAUAAGGAAAUUGAAGAAUGAGCUAUUGGACAUUCGGAGAAGAGGUGGUAACCACCGUGUGCAGGAAAAUGUAAACAUAUGCAUCCGUUGCCAAAACAGUCUAGGUUUGAUCUUUGAAAGAGGGGCUCUAUGUAAAGCAUGCAAUGAAAAAGUCUGCAGUAAAUGUCGAAUUGAAGGACAUAAUGGAACCUGGAAGUGUACUGUUUGUGCUAAGAUUGCACAACUACGGAUAGUGACCGGUGAAUGGUUCUUUGAAGAAAGAGCAAAUCGUUAUACACUUUCAGGAGUCCUUGGAAGUGAUAUUGUGAGGAAGUCCAUUGUGCGAAAACCAACAGGAUCACUGAAGAAAAAAGAAUGCUUAACUGUUGAGAGGCAGCCUGAAACAAUUGCUGAAGAAGAUUUAGAAAUUGAAAAUGAUGCAUCAUCUAAUAUUAAACGUAAAGCAACUAAGAGCAAUUCCAAAUGGAAAAGCAUCAUGUCAGUCAGAAGGUCGACUCAACGUUCAGUCAGAAAAGACAGCAACUCAGAAAUUAAGCUGGAAGAUAUAAGGAACUCUGAGGCAGAUGGGCAGAGUGCACCAAGUAACAGUUCGACACCUCGCUCUGUCAGAUCACUAAUAGUGGAAGAGGAAGACGAAGAAGUGGAAGCUGGUCAGUGCAAUAUAAUAAAUGAAAUUCCACCAGACUCUCCAACAUCGAGCAGGCACAGUACAGUAUCAGAGUACAGCCGUAGGGGGGAUGGCUCAGAAAGUGUGGUAGAUUUUCCAGUCAGUGAAAGCAUUCCUGAGAACCUGUCAAAUGACCAUUAUAGAAAAGGAUAUGAAACUCCAGCAAUAACUCUUUCAAGAACCUCACUCUCAUCAGACCGCAGCCACUCUGAGCUGGAUUUGACCGCUGCCUGUUCAGAAAAGAAUGAAGAUACCAUAAGUCAGAGAAGCAUAUCUGUUCCAGAGAAUUUAAAUAAUGAAGUGGAUUUUUUGCAUGAGAAAGAGGAUGAUGCUUCAUCAAGGUCAGUGCAGUAUUCCCACAGAAAAGAAGGAAGUUUAGCGGAUGGCGUAUCAAUGAACACCCAGGUAGACAUGGAAAGAAAGUGGAGCAACUUAAAUGUACCUUACCAGGAUGAUGAGACAACCAGUUUAAACAGCAUGAUGAGUGUUUACAGUGAGACUGGGGAUUAUGGUAAUGUCAGUGUGAAAGGGGACAUUCUUCUCACUAUCACCUACAGCUACAAAACUGGUGCUCUGAACAUCUUAGUGAAGGAGUGCAGGAAUUUGGCAAUAGGUGAUGAAAAGAAGCAAAGAACUGACCCCUAUGUGAAAUCUUAUCUUCUUCCAGACAAGUCUCGUCAAUCCAAGAGGAAGACCAGUUUCAAGAUCAAUACAACAGAUCCGGUUUAUAAUGAGACAUUAAAGUAUGUCAUCAGUCACACACAGUUGGAGACAAGAACCCUACAGCUGUCAGUUUGGCAUUAUGAUAGGAUUGGCCGAAAUAGCUUUUUGGGAGAGGUAGAAAUUCCCUUUGAUUCCUGGAAUCUUGAACAUCCAUUAAAUGGAUGGUUUCCACUUCAGCCCAAGGUGGAUGCUGACCUUGUUCUGCAGUACAAGGGGGAAAUAACAAUUGCUCUUCGCUAUAUACCACCAAGCAAAAAUUUAACACUGCCACUGGAACAGGUCCAAGCUAAAAAGACUUUUCUAAAAAGAAAGAAAGAGACUUCUCCAGUUUCAUCUGGCGGAGUGCUUGAAGUACUCAUUAAAGAAGCCAAAAAUUUAACAGCAGUAAAAUCAGGGGGAACAUCUGACACAUUCGUAAAAGGUUACCUACUUCCAGAUAACAACAAGUCUUCUAAGCACAAAACGCCUGUAAUUAAGAAAAGUGUUAACCCUCGCUGGAAUCACAUCUUUACCUACUCUGGCUUGUAUCCUAGUGACUUAACAAAUGUAGGUCUGGAGCUGACAGUUUGGGACAAAGAAGCCAUUACUGGAAAUGUCUUCCUAGGAGGAGUCAGAAUCAAUGCUGGACUUGGUGUAAGUUAUGGAAAUAAAGUGGACUGGAUGGAUGCCCGUGGAGAGGAGCAACAGCUAUGGCAAAGAAUGAUUGAAAACCCCGGUGUGUCUGUGAAAGAGACAUUAAUGCUAAGAUCUAGCAUGAGAAAAAAUAAAAUCUGAAAAGUACAAGAAAAGCACACAUCUGCAAAGAUUGCCUCACAAUGUUGUUCAUAUUUAUUUACCUGAAAAGUCAGAAACUCUAAGGGAACAUUAAAUUAUAUAAAUUGUUUUGAGAAGUGUAAUUUUCAGGAUACACUUGGCUUUUUUGCAUUCAUAUUGUGCUGUUGCCAGUCAAAGUCUAAUUUACUGGUUAUAACUCUAUACACUGAUUUUGUGAAAUCAUAACUAAUUGUUGUUUUCACACUCCAGUCGUCAUUUAAGGAAAAGUGGUUAUAGAGGAAACCUCAGAUGUGCCUUAGAAGUAAAUUGCCACUGUGUAACAUCAUUCAGCUGAGAGAAAAUGUGUAAUGUUCAACAAAAAUGUUAUAUAAAUAGAUUGAAAAUGUUAAUUUACAUUUAUUAAACUUACUUUACAUUGCAAA